UCCGGGAUCUGAGGAGACCCGCGAGGGGGCCGCCAUGGCUCCGGUGAGGCAGCCCUUGCGCGAGCUGCAGGGACCUCUGCUGCCACCCAAGAACCUGGAGGACGAGGACGAGGACUGUGUGAGGGAGGACGCGGAGGACGAUGAAGACCUGGAGUUCGUGGACGCGGAGGAGCUGUGCGGCGGGGGCGUCAAGGCCGGCACGCUCCCCGGGCGCGUCCGCGUCAUAAUUUCUGAUGAAAACACUCAAGAGCAAUGUAACGUGUUUGGACGUUUUCCGAUAAUGGGUCCUUGGUGGCGAGUGAAGGUGCAAGUGAGACCUAUGGGAUUGAGGAGCUAUCAAGUUCAGGGAUUCCCAUCUUACUUUUUACAGUCUGAUAUGUCACCACCAAAUCAAAAAAGUAUCUGUUCCCUGUUUCUUAGAGACUGUAAUUUCUCCAGUGACAAGAUAGAUAAAUUUUUAGCGUGGGUAAAUGCUGUCUCAAGCUAUAAAAACCUCAACUUUGAAAAUCUUAGGGAAAUGCUGAGAAUUUUCCAAAAGGAAACUGAAGGGAAAGGCCAGAAACGGUCUACGCAGGAUGGACAGGAAGAGUCUCUACCAGAAAACGAGAUGUGCCUUCCUCUGGAAAGCAAAGUUCCAUUUAUAACUGUAAUGACAGCUUUGCAGUUUCCAAAAAUAAUGGAAUUCCUUCCAAUUCUUCUGCCUCGACACUUUAAAUGGCUCAUAAGCUCAGGUUCUAAGGAGCUUUUGGAAAACAUAGAAGAGAUGUUAGGUACGCAUCCAUGGAAACUUGGGUUUAGUAAAAUAACCUACACGGAGCUGAAGCUCUUGCAGUGCGAGGCCAGCUGGGCCUCAUUUUGCCAGUGCCAGUCCCUCCUCCAGUCGAUGGCUGAUUUGGAGAAGCAUGCGUUGAUAAUCUACUCCAAACUGAGACACGUAUGUAGGGAGCAAGGGCACACGUGUGUCGAGGAAGCUGACCUAACUUACAGCUUGUCAGACGACAUGUCUUUCCAUGACGCUUGGCAGUCUCUGAAGUUUCUGAAGGACAUCGGCGUGGUGACAUACGAGAGGGGCUGUGUCUUUCUUGAUGACCUUUACCGGGCGGAGCAGGGAAUUGCCUCUUCCAUAUGCGACCUGAUGACCAGGCCCCCGUGGCAUUUGCAGGUCGAUGUCAAAAGGGUGCUGGCAGCCCUUCAGGCCACAGGCCCCGAGGGCUCGAGGAGGAGCGUGGAGGCGUUGCAUGGAAGUACGCCAGGCGCAGUGAGUGCAGAGCAUUCUGUGGCCGUCCCGGGGGGCCAGGACGGGUGCACAGACACAGGCCCGGCUGGGCUGGAUCCGGCCCAGGUGGCCGCCCUGGAAAUGGUGUGCUCCAACGCCGUGACUGUGGUGAGCGGCAAGGGGGGCAGCGGCAAGACCAGCAUUGUCAGCCACCUCUUUAAGCACCUGGAGCAGCUGGAGGAAAGUGAGGUCGAGCGGGCUUGCAAGGAUUUUGAACGCGACCAGGACGUGCCGCCCGAGUGGGUCAGCUCCGCGGAGCAGGGGCUCCCAAGGCCGGAGCGGGCCGUGGAGGUGCUGCUCACCGCGCCCACCGGCAAGGCCGCCGGCCUGCUGCGGCAGAGGACCGGCCUGAGCGCCUACACACUGUGUCAGGUCAAUUAUAGCUUCUAUUUAUGGGAGAAAAAAAGCUCGGCCAAGAACGGUCCAUGGAAGUUUUCUUCAGUGAGAGUUCUGGUUGUGGAUGAAGGGAGUUUGGUAUCUGUCAGAAUCUUCAAAUCGGUUUUAAAGUUAUUGUGUGAGCACUCCAAACUUUCGAAGCUCAUUAUCCUUGGUGAUAUUAGACAGUUACCCAGCAUUGAACCCGGUAACUUGCUGAUAGAUCUUUUUGAGACUCUUAAGUCAAGAAAUUGUGCUAUUGAACUGAAGACAAACCACAGAACAGAAUCUGAGCUAAUUGUGAACAAUGCCACAAGAAUCUCAAGACGCCAAUUUCCAGUAUUUGAUGCAGAACUGAAUAUCUCUGAUAAUCCAACAUUGCCUAUCUCAAUACAAGAUAAAACAUUUAUUUUUAUCAGACUCCCAGAAGAGGAUGCCAACUCUCAGUUAUCAAAAAAUGAUCCUCACUCUCAUUUAUAUUCUGCAGUGAGAACCUUACUCAAAGAAAAUGACCUACAAGAUGCACAAACAUCACAGUUUAUUGCAUUUAGAAGGCAAGACUGUGAUGUCAUCAACGCCUGCUGUUGCAAGCACUACACGGGCCACCUGUUCAAAGACCAUCGGAAUAGACUUCAGUUUGGAGUUGGCGAUAAGAUUUGUUGUACCAGGAAUGCAUAUCUCUCGGAGUUACUCCCCCAAAAUACCUCUCACAGUCAGGAAGGUAAUGACCGAGAGGCCAGUGGUGAAGACUUUAAUGGCACUCCUCAUGGUUUUGCUAAAAAUAAGCAUGACUUUGAAAGUGAUAUUCGACUCUGCAAUGGAGAAAUAUUUUUUAUAACACAGGAUGUCACCGAUGUAACUUUUGGAAAGAGAAGAUUUUUGACCAUUAAUAAUGCGGCCGGCUUGGAAAUAACUGUGGACUUUGAAAAACUGAUGAAAUAUUGUCACAUAAAACAUGCAUGGGCAAGAACUAUUCACACUUUUCAGGGGUCUGAGGAGAAGACAGUCGUGUACGUGGUCGGGAAGGCAGGCCGCCAGCACUGGCAGCAUGUUUAUACCGCUGUGACCAGGGGCCGUUGCAGAGUGUACAUCAUCGCCGAAGAGUGUCACCUCCGGAGCGCAAUUCUGAAAAACAGUGUUCCCAGGAAAACUCGUUUAAAACAUUUUUUGCAAAACAAGCUCUCCAUGAGCUGUGCGUCUCCAGCAGAGUUUGCACCCCUGUCAAAGGGCUCUGGAGAGAACCAAGGACCGAGCCUGCAGCCAUCGGCCAAACCACUGCCUCCUGUCCCCACCAACAGCGUGGCACAUGGUGUCCUUGGAAGCCAGGCCUCUGUGGCGGAAGACAGGACGUUGGCCUUUCCAGGAGAAUGGAAGUCGUCGGCAUUUGAUGAAGCGGAUAUAGAGGAUGACCCAUCAAUACUUCGUGUGUCCAAGAGAGGUUGCGGCCUGAGUGAUGCCGAAAGUCCCAGCAAGAUCCGGAUGGUAGAAGAAUCAUCUCCACAAGUGUCUUCCAGAUUUCAGAGUUUGAGACUGAAUAGGUUAACCCCCAGGCAACUUUUCAUAUCCAAACAUAAUCAAGAAACUUAAUUUUAUUUGAGAUUACUCGAAGUAAUUAUCUUUUUUUUUUUCCCUACUCAACACAAAAUGAACAUCAUAGCAUUAGAGAAUCGAGAUCUAAAACGGGAUGUCUGUAAGUGGAGUUUUAUUUUUUAUUUUUAAAUUGUUUUUCUAAAGAUUUUAUGUAUUCACGAGACACAGAGAGGCAGAGGGAGAAGCAGGCUCCCUAUGGGGAGCCCGAUGCGGGACUCGAUCUCAGGACUCCGGGAUCAAGCCCUGAGCUGAAGGCAGACAGAUGCUCAACCACUGAGCCACCCAGGCAGCCCCAACUGGAGUUUUAUUUUAAGGUGUUUGUGAUAGCAGAGAUUUUUAACUUCAUUUAAUCAUAGAAAACUGUAAUGAUUUCAACAUCUGUCAUCAUGAAAACUGGUAGCCUUGGGCAUAAAUGCAAGAAAAAGUUAUGAUGUGUUUUUUUUUUUUUUAAACUGUACUUUCGAAAGUUAUUUUUAUUUUUUAUUUUUACGACAAUGCCUUUAUUAACUUCCAUGAUCAUUGUGGGUGAUCUCUGCCAACGAUUUGAAGCCAUGAUAAGAGAAACUGUAAUUAUACCUCUUGUAUUAUUGACACCCAUUUCAGGGUGUUGGUCUUUUGCCAAUUGCUCAUCUUGCCAGGUUGCUGCUUGCUCCAUCCCUGCUGGCCAGACCCAUGUCACCUGAGACUGUAUUCCUGGAAAUUACCUUCUGAGUUGGGUGUACUUUUUUUUUUUUUUUUCUUAGUUGGAGAUAUAAUUGACAUAGAACACUGUGUAAGUGGAAUUUAUGCAACGUGUUGACGUGAUACAUUUUUAUAGUCAAUGUGAUUACUCCUGUCCAUCAUGUCCCGUAAUUGUCAUUUCUUUUAGGAAUACAUUGUUUUGAAGAUACUCCACUUUCGAAAAUUAUUUUCUUGGAGAGUGAUUUCUAUUUUUAUUUUUUUAGAGUUUUAUUAUUAAAUGGUAAAAGAAAAAGUUAAGAGAAAAUCCUGUUAUUCCAACCUUUGAAAAAUGGCCUCAGUGAGAUAUAAUUUACACACAAUUCACCCCUUUGAAGUGUACAACUGAGUGGCUCUUAGUCUAUUCACAGAGUUGAGCUACAACCACCACAAUGGAUUUUUGAACAUUUUUAUCCACCCCCCCCCCAAGAAACACGGUAUGUCUUGGCUUGGCUUGGAUCCCCUCAACUCCUCCAGUCUCAGGUAACUACUAAUUUAUUUUGUCCCUAUUGAUUUGUCUGUUCCAGACAUUUCAUAGAAAUGGAAUCAUACAAUACGUGGUCCUUUGUGACUGACUUCUUUAACUUAACAUCAUGAUUUCAGACUUUGUGUUGUGGCAUGUAUUAGUGCUUUCAUUUUUUUUUUUUUUUAAGAUUAAAAAAACUAGCAUUGUCCCUUUUAUUGGGUAGAUGUUUUGGAUAAUCUAGGCAAGGAAGGUCAUGCAGUCUAAUCUGAUGAAGCCUAUAUCCUUUGUGGACUGAUGGAAAAACUGGUAGCAUAUUAUGGAAGCUGUAUUUCUGGAGCAGACCAUGUUGGUUUGAGCUGAUGGGGCAAAAAUCAGGAACCCUGGCCGAAGUUUUGCAGGAAGCUCCAGCAGAGCUGCAACUGACCUAUCGUGGUUUCAUUAGUGCAGUGAGGCAACAGACCUUCAUCUUUUAUUAUCAAAUAAAUAUUCCGUUGUAUGGAUAUAGCACACUGACUUUCUCUGUUCAUCAGUUGAAGGACAUGUGGGUUGUUUCCACUUUUUGGCUAUUAUAAAAUGCUACAAUGAACAUCCAUGUACAAGUUUUUCUGUGGGCAUAUAUUUUAAUUUAAUUAUAUACAUAGGAGUGGAAUUGUUUGGUCAUGUGAUAACUAUAUGUAACCUUUUGAGGAGCUGCCAGAUUGUUUUCCAAAGCAGCUGCACUGUUUGUUAUUUAUAAUUGGAAUGUGAGGGUUCCAGUUACCCCACAUUCAAACACUUGUCAUUAUCUGACUUUUUGAUUAUAGCCAUUCAGUAGGUGUGAAGUGAUAUUUCAAAGUGUUUUUUUUUUUUAUUAAAGAUUUUAUUUUUUAAAAAUCUGUGCACCCAGUGUGGGGCUUGAACUCGCCACCCCAAGAUCAAGAGUCAGGUUCUACUGACUGAACCAGCCAGGCACCCCUCAGUGUGGUUUUGAUUUGCAUUUCCCAUAUGGCUAAUGAUAUGAAUUAUCUUUUCAUGCACUUGGUCAUUUGUAUGACUUCUUUGACGAAAUUAUUCAGAUGUUUUACCCGUUUUUAAAUUGGAUUACUUUUCUUUUUAUUGAGAUAUAGAAGUUGUUUAUAUGUUCUACAUACAGGCCCUUUAUCAGAAACAUUAUUUGCAAAAAAAAAAAAAAAAAAAACCAAGAAAGAAAAAGAAACAAAGGUUCCCACUCUGUGGAUUUUACUUUCACUUUUUUCAUGCUGUCCUUUGAAGCACAAAUUUUCCAUUUUGAUGAUGUCCGACGUAGCUCAUUUGUUUUUGCUGUCUAUGCUUUCGUGUUAUAUCUAAGGAACUACUGCCUGCCAAAGUCAUGAAGAUUUACUCCUGUUUUUCUUUUUUUUUUUUUUUUUAAAGAUUUUAUUUAUUUAUUCAUGAGAGACAGAGAGAGACAGAAACACAGGCAGAGGGAGAAGCAGGCUCCACGCAGGGAGGCUGAUGUGGGACUCGAUCCCAGGACUCCAGGAUCACACCCUGGGCUGAAGGCAGGCACUUAACCGCUGAGCCACCCAGGCUGCCCCUACUCCUGUUUUUCUUCUAAGAAUUUAAAUAGUUUUAGGUCUUACAUUUAGGACUUUGAUUCAUUUUGAGGUAAUUUUUGUGUAUGGUGAAGGGUCCCACGUCAUUCUGUUGCAUGUGGAUAUCCAGUUUCACUUGUUCUCAGCUCCAUUUCUUGAACUAUUCUUUCUUCAUUCACUUGUCUUGACACCCUUAUCAAAAAUCAACUGAUCAUAGAGGUGAAGGUUUAUUUCUGGAUUCUGGGUCCUGAUUCUAACCUGUUGAUGUACACAUCUAUUGGUAUGCUGGCACCAUGCUGUCCCAGUUACCUUUAAUUUAAAAUCAAGAAAAGCGAGUUCUCCAAUUUGUUCUUCUCUUUCAUGACUUUUGGACUACUUGAGUCCCCUGCGCUUCCACGUGCAUUUUAGGAGCAGCUUGUCAAUUUCUGCAAAACAGCCAGUUGGGGUCUUGCCAUCUUAAUAUUGAGUCUUCUGAUCCAUGAACAUGUGAUGUCUUUCUAUUUAUGUCUUCUCUCAUUUCUUUCAAUAAUGCUUUGUUUUGCAUUUUUUAAGUUAAAUUUAUUUCUAGGUAUUUUAUUUUUUAUCCUAAUGUCAAUGAAAUGUUUACAUUUUUGUUCAUUGCUACUGUAUAGAAACACAAUUGAUCUUGUAUCUUUCAAGCUUGCUAAACCCAUUUAUUAGUUUCAAUAGGUUUUUAGUGGAUUCCUUGGGAUUUCCUACAAAUGCAAAUAGAGAUACCCAAAUAGAGAUAGUUUUAAUUCUUUCUAAUCCAAGUGCCUUUUAUUGGAUUUUCUUGUCUUAAUGCUCUGGCUAGAACCUUUAAUAAAUUGUUAAAUAGAAGUGGUGAGAAUGGACAUCCUUGCCUUGUUCCUAUUAACUUACAAGGCCUGGAAGAUAGUCUGCAAAAAUGAAAGUGUUGGGACUGUGGUGUAGUUUUUUUUUAAUAGCAUACAUUAAAAUUUAUACAUUUUGAUAAUUUAUAUACACAUAUCUCAUAAAAUACACGUAAUGUUCUCUGGGGGUAGAUGUUAUGAUCCUUGAGUGAAAAUCUACCUUUGUUACCUAAAAUAAAUAUAUAGUGGGGGUAUUUCUGUCUGCAGGCUGUUUUAGGACUUAAACAUCUUUUAUAUUUUGUCCUUACAACAGUCCUGGAGUGCAGAUUUGACCUUCAGUAUCACAGGUGGGGAAACUGACUCACAGUAACUAAGUUUUAUAGCAUUGGUGAGUACCAGACCUGGAAUUCAAACCCAGAUCUGAUUUAAAACCCAUGUUCCGGGCAGCCCCGGUGG